UUCCCGCCCAUCUCGCUGUAUCUGUUACAUUCCUGUCGCACAGUGUAUCAAAGGCACUUUGUAUCCAGUUGCACUUCAUACCAGCAUCUCUGUUGGGAUUAUAACGCACUUAAUAGUUAUCGGUUUUUUAUGUUCGUCAAAAGCAGAAGCGAGGAAAGGAGCGCGUCACUUUGUUCCCGUCAUCAGGAACAUCAGUAAACAGCAGAAAUGGCAGAAGCCCAUCAGGCUGUGGCGUUUCAGUUCACCAUCACUCCUGAAGGCAUCGACCUGCAGCUUUCCCAUCAGGCCCUGCGACAGGUCUAUCUGUCAGGCUUGCGCUCCUGGAAGAAACGCGUCACACGGCUCAAGAACAGCGUGAUCACCGGUGUGUAUCCCGCCAGUCCCUCCUCAUGGCUAUUUGUUGUGAUUGCAAUCUUGGCCACCAUGUACACACGGUCGGACCCUUCAAUGGGCCUCAUCGCCAAAAUACAAGAGCAUCUGCCGGUCAGUGACUCUCUGAGCGUUCAGUGCCGGACGAUGGUUUCUGCCGUGUUGUUCAGCACUCUGCUCUGGUUCUCGCUCAUCUUCACCAUGAGGCUCUGUCUGAAGCAGUUGCUGUCGUACCACGGCUGGAUGUUUGAGCAGCAUGGGAAAGUGUCUAACACCACCAAAAUCUGGGCGGCUAUGGUGCGGAUCUUCUCUGGCAGGCAGCCUCUGUUGUACAGCUAUCAGGGCUCUUUGCCAAACCUGCCUGUUCCUGCAGUAAAGGACACAGUGAAGAGGUACCUGGAGUCUGUGCGUCCGCUCAUGAACGACUCUGAGUAUGAGCGGAUGACGGAGUUGGCCAGAGAGUUUGAGAGCAGUCUGGGAAACCGUCUGCAGUGGUACCUCAAACUCAAAGCACUGUGGGCCUCCAACUAUGUCAGUGAUUGGUGGGAGGAGUAUGUCUACCUGAGGGGGCGUGGCCCAAUCAUGAUCAACAGCAACUACUAUGGAAUGGACUUUCUGUAUGUGACGCCCACCCCGAUUCAAGCGGCGCGAGCAGGAAACACUCUGCACGCUUGUCUCUUGUACCGCAGGAAACUCAACCGAGAGGAAAUCAAACCUAGUCGUGUUCCUGGUUUAAACAUUCCUUUGUGUGCCGCUCAGUGCGAGAGGAUUUUCAACACUACACGCAUUCCAGGAGAAGAAACAGAUUCCCUGAUGCACUGGCAGGACAGUGAGUAUGUGGUUGUCUUCCACCGGGGCCGGUUUUUCCGCCUGUGGUUGUAUAACGCAGGUCGCCUGCUUUCCCCCAGAGAGAUCGAGCAGCAGAUCCAGCGCAUUCUCGAUGACCCGUCGCCGCCUGCGUCUGGAGAGGCCAAACUCGCAGCUCUGACCGCUGGAGAAAGAAUCCCCUGGGCUCAGGCCAGGAAGGAGUUUUUCGGCUCAGGUGUGAAUAAGAGAUCUCUGGACUGCAUUGAGAAAGCUGCCUUCUUCGUGGCUCUGGAUGAUGAUGAGCAAGGCAUGAUGGGAGACGAUCCUGCCGGAAAUCUGGACCGCUACGCCAAAUCCCUGCUGCACGGCAAGUGCUACGACAGGUGGUUUGAUAAGUCCUUCACUGUGGUGUUGUAUAAAAACGGGAAGAACGGCCUGAACGCUGAACACUCCUGGGCGGACGCUCCUAUCAUGGCUCAUCUGUGGGAGUAUGUGAUGACCACCGACUGUUUCCAGCUGGGUUAUAAUGAAGAGGGUCACUGUAAAGGAGACGUGGCCCCGACUCUGCCUCCUCCAUCCAGACUGACCUGGGACAUCCCCGCACAGUGUCAGGAGCGUGUGGAGCGCUCUCUCGCUGUGGCUCAGGCUCUGGCCGAUGAUCUUGACUUUCACGUGUUUCCCAUUCAAGAGUUCGGCAAAGGCGCCAUCAAGAAGUGUAAGAUCAGCCCGGACGCCUUCAUUCAGAUCGCUCUCCAGCUGGCGUAUUACAGGAAUCGAGGCACGUUCAGUCUGACGUAUGAGGCGUCGAUGACCCGUUUGUUCCGCGAAGGCCGCACGGAGACGGUUCGCUCCUGCACCAGCGAGAGCUGUGCUUUCGUCAGAGCGCUGGAGGGUGGAGAGAGUAAGGAGGUUUGUCGGCGUCUCUUCCGGACAGCAUCAGAGAAACACCAGCAGCUCUACAGGAUGGCCAUGACCGGAGGAGGGAUAGACAGACACCUUUUCUGCCUCUACAUCGUCUCCAAAUACCUGGGAGAAGAGUCGCCCUUCCUCAAAGAGGUGCUUUCAGAGACGUGGCGUCUGUCCACCAGUCAGACACCUCUGCAGCAGGUGGAGCUGUUUGACUUUGUGAAUCACCCAGACUACACCACCUGUGGAGGUGGAUUUGGCCCGGUUGCAGAUGAUGGGUACGGCGUGUCCUACAUCAUCAUCGGAGAAAACAUGAUCAACUUUCAUAUUUCCUGCAAACACUCCUGCCCGCAGACUGGUGCUCACAAGUUUGGCGCUUACAUCAAGAAGGCUCUGGUGGAUCUUCUGGAGCUGAUGUCUCCAGACAAGCAGGAGGCGUCCAAAACUGAGCAGAACCACUCCAAAAACAGCAAAAAGCAGCUGUAGAGGUAGAGCAGGUCGCCCAUGACCGUCUCAAGAAGAAGACAUGAGGGCGUGUAGACAUAUAGGAAGAAGCGUGAGUGAAUGAGUGCGCGUUUGUUUGCCUGAAUGCAUUCGUUCAUUCAUUCCAUGCUUGUAAAAAUCGAUGCCAUGAAGCCAUGAAUUAUGUAGACAAUGGUGGAAGCUGCUUCGUCUAAAGCUGUGUUUAGUAGAAACGUAUAAAAAGAGGAUUAAAAGCGAGAGCUAGUUUGAUAGUGUGGGGACCAGUUACGUUCAGUUAGAUUAUAUACAUUUGGUCCUUACUUAUAAAUGUAAUGAAGAAUCAAAUUUAUUAGAGCACAUUAACUCCAGGGUGAUGGGAGUUAAUGGUUAACCGUCUAACCACUUGAGUUAAGAGGAUAGUUCACCUGAAAAUGAAAUUUACUAACUGUUUACUAACUUUGAGUGCUUUCAGGGCUUCUGUUGAACACACACAAACAAGAAAGAUAUUUAUAAGAAUGUCGCAGAAUUGGAAGCCAUUGACUUUCAUAGUAAGAAAAACAUUUACUAUGGAAGUCAAUGGCUUCAGCAUUCUUUAAAGUAUCUUCUUUUGUGUUCAACAGAAGAAAGAAAGAGAUGAGUAAAUAGUGAAUAAUUGUUCAUUUUUGGGUGAAGUAUUUCUGUUAUAUUUAAUCGUUUUAUAGGUUGAGUUAAAAGGGAUAGUUCACCCCAAAAAAAUGGAAAUGGAGUCAUUUUUACUUUUUAGUGUUGAUCUAAUAAUGUCUUUUUUGGAGCACAAAUGUUAUAAUUUAAUACUUAAUUAUCACUGAAUUGUUACUUAAGGAGUUUAAUACUAUAAAUGUUCUGGAGGUGUGUGGUCGGUGUAAAACACAUAGCUUAAAUGCUUUAUUAAACAAAAAUCCUGACUUUGAUUUAAAAAAAAAAAAAAAGAUUCUUGUAAUGGGGGUUGUUCAUACAGAAAUGAAAAUUAUUCACUCAUUCUUCACUUGUUCCAAACCAAUCUGAGUUGUUUUGUUCUGUUAAACACUAAAGAAGAUAUUUUGAAGAAUGUUGUUAGCUGUUGACUUCCAAAGUAUUGUUUUCCUAUUCACUAUUAAAAAACUAUUGUUGCCUUAAUUUUUUUGUUGAGUAAAUAGUUUCUUACAUUAAUCAAACUGACUGAAAAUGUUAAGUUAAACUUUGUAUAACAUAAACGAUUUAGAUGAAACCUGAUUAACCUUUAAAAAAAAUUAAAGCAACAAAAAUGUUUGUUGUCUUGACUUUUUGUCAUUACUUUUUUUUUACAAUAUGGAAGUCGAUUUUUUUUUUACAGUGUGGAAUAGUUACAGGUUUCAACAUUUUUCAAACUAUCUUCUUUUGUGUUGAACAGAACAAAACUUUUAUGUUUUCAUUUUUGGAGACCUCCCUUGAAUGCCAUAGUUCCAGUUUAAAGGUGUGAGAAGUUAAAAUAAAUAGACAUAAAAUACACUUUGCUGAGAUAAAUCUGUCUGUUAUGCUUGUCGCAAUUCCAAGUUAACAUUCCAGAGACAUUCAGAUGUACACAGACACUUUUAUAAUGUUUUAUUGUUCUUCUUUUGUUUUGUUUUUAAUAAUGCACUUGUGUUUUGUUCUCUGGGUCAGAGUGAACUACAGCGCUUAUAAAGUCUUGUAAAUAUCCAGUCGUGCACAGAGAUCAACAGUCAAAGUCAGGAUUUUUAUUAAAUAAUGAGAUUAAAUUAGAUUUCUAUUUGUUUUACACCAGUUCUUCAUAUAUUUCCAAAAAACAUGGAAUAUAUGCCUCAUGUUGUAUUAUAUCAAUUCUGUGAAACCAGUUUAAUACUCUUUGCUAUUUACCACUUUAAUAUGAGCAAACAUUAGUAAAAUAUUCUGCAUUAAAACACCAGGGUGAAUAAAUAAUCUUGGUUUUCAUUUUUGGCUGAAUUAUCUCUUUUAAAGGGAUUGUUCACCCAGAAAUGAACAUUUAUUCACUAUUUACUCGCCUUUAAGUGGUUGUAAACCUUUAUUGUUAUUAUUUUUGUUCUAUUGAACACAAAAAGAAGAUAUUUUGAAGAAUGUUAUAAACCGGUAACCACUGACUUUAUAUAAUAGGAAAAACAAAUACAAUGGAAGUCAAUGGUUAUGGUUUCCAACAUGUUUCAAAAUAUCUUUUGUGUUCAACAUGAGAAAGACACUCAAACUGGUGAAGAUAUGUAAAAUGUUAUAAAUUGUUAACCAUUGACUUGUAUAAUAGGAAAAACAAAUACAAUGGAAGUCAGUGGUUACAGGUUUCCAACAUUUUUCAAAAUAUCUUCUUUUGUGUUCAACAGAAGAAAGAGAAACUCAAACUGUGAAAACAUUUUUUUUAUAAUAUUAACUGGUAACCAUUGACUUCUAUUGUAUUUGUUUUAUCUACUGUGUAAGUCAAUGGUUAUAGGUUUCCAACAUUUUUCAAAAUAUCUUCUUUUGUGUACAACAAAAGAAACCCAAACUGGUGAAGAUAUUUUCAGAAAAUUUCCAUUGACUUGCAUAAUAGGAAAAACAAAUACAAUGGGAGUCAAUGGUUACAGUUUCCAACAUGUUUCAAAAUAUCUUUUGUGUUCAAUAUGAGAAAGACACUCAAACUGGUGAAGAUAUUUUGAAAAAUGUUAUAAACUGUUAACAAUUGACUUGUAUAAUAGGAAAAACAAAUUCAAUGGAUGUCAGUGGUUACAGGUUUCCAACAUUUUUCAAAAUAUUUUCUUUUGUGUUCAACAGAAAAAAAGAGAAACUCAAAUUGUGAAAACAUUUUUUUUUAAAUUAUUAACCGGUAACUAUUGACUUACAUUGUAUGAAAAACAAAUACAAUGGAAGUCAAUGGUUACAGGUUUCCAACAUUUUUCAAAAUAUCUUCUUUUGUGUACAACAAAAGAAACCCAAACUGGUGAAGAUAUUUUGAAAAAUGUUAUAAACUGACAACCAUUGACUUACAUAAUAGGAAAACAAAUACAAUGGAAGUCAAUGGUUACAGCUUUCCAACAUUUUUCAAAAUAUCUUCUUUUGUGUUCAACAGAACUUUAUAAGUAAGUAAAUGAUGACAGAAUCUUUUUUUUUUUUUUUUUGGUGAACUGUCCCUUUAAAUAGCUUCAUUCCAAGUAUGUUUGUGUGAGAUGACAGAAAAGCAUCACCUCUGUACCCUCUGAUGAAGGCACUUUUACAACACAACAAAUCACGUCUGAAUACAAAACCACAAGCUCCCUGUGUGACUCUGAAGAACAGAAUCAUGGACUAAAAUCCAGAAUCAUUUACUUGAAUCCCGGAGCAGGAAUAGAGCUCGUAGUUUUAGUGACUAAUGACUCAGAAUAUUACAUGUGACUGCAGUUUUAUCAUGAUUGGUGUCAAGCUCACUAUUAGUUUUAACUGUUAAUUUAAAUUGUUUUUGUUUACACUAGGUCCAGUUAAUAUAGGAAUUAUUAACUAUUUACGAUGUAUUUAGCAAGCUUGAGAAUGUCUAAUAGGUCCAAAUAAAAAUGCAAUCCCCAAGA